AUGUCACCUUCGGCACAACUCCCAACACAACCUAUCGUACGUCUAGGUCCUCGAUACAACCAGGAGGAGGAGAAACAGAAAGGAGAACCUGUUUUCAAGAGUCAGACGAAGCCUAAUGCAGCAGUACAGGACGCACCUGGAUUGCCUCCUACCUGUAGCACUCCAACUAAGAGAAAAGUGAAGAACGGCUGUCAAAAUCUCAUGGAGAAUGAUGGGUCCUUGCAGUAUACCGACGGAUGGAGGAUUACCACCAGUGAUCCCAACGGGCUCACAGAUACUCUCCACUUCACGAACACAACCGGUGCCUCGUUCUCGCUCAUGUUGAACGCCUCUAGCAUUGUUGUCUUUGGCCUCGUGCCCCCAGGGCCUUCCCCUCCUUUGGCUUCCUACUCGAUUGACGGAUCGUUGCCCGUUGCUGUGCAUCUUGGGGCCACGACACAAUGCAUCGCGAACCAGCAGUUGUUCAGUUCUGAACCCCUCUCCGGCCCUGGUCCCCACAACCUGACGAUCUUCGUCAAUCAGACUUCAUCCGAGCAGCCCCACAUUAUCGACUACCUCUGGCCGUGCGGAACAAACUGA